CAACUUCCUUGUUCAUGUCAACAUGACAUGCCAUGCCAUUAUCGAACCUAUGCUAUGAAAAUGUUUGUGUGAUUAGACAUUCUGCCACUGAAAACGAAAACGAAAACAUAUGAUCUAAUAAAAGAACGUGUGAUAUGAGACACGUAUUAUCAUUAUUAGUGAUUUAUAGCAAUAACACUAAAACAGAAGAAUGGAUUCACGUUGACGAACUGUAUAUUGGAACUUUGUGACCCAAGAUAUUUUCAAGAGCAACUAAACGUUUAUAUACACGUAUAUUCAAGUGGAGGCCUUUGAACAUUUCCACUAAAACGAAACCACAUACAAGAUUGCAAACGUCUGGAGAUGGAACACGUAGAUAUAUAAGAAAAUAACAAAAAUGGAGGAAGAAUUCACAUUGAAGGACUUUAUAGAGUGUAACAAGAAUCUACUACCACAACGCGUCAAAGUUACCGAGGGGCUUCUUCUCAAUGAAGGUGAAAUUGACGUCCCGGCUGGCACUGUUUGUGACAUCAAAGAAGCACACUGCCUAAGCGUUAACCUGAGUAAACUAGGAAAUGGAGGUGAACCUUUAGACAAAGUCUCUGUACCAGUGAAUAAUCCGUGUAAAUUUAAGGUAAUUGAUGAUUUCAAUGGAGGCGAUCGUGUCUAUAGAACAGUUAAGGAUCUCGUUGUAAAUUGUCCAUUCUACGUCCAGUGCAAUAAGUACUGGAGGAGCAGGGAUACAAACGAUGAGUUUUAUCCCGGAGAGAGGAUGAAGCUAAUACGACUCACGACAUACGGGCCAAAGGUUGUGCUGGAAUGUAAACUUAUCCGACAAAUGAAAUUGGUCUUGCUGCCCUUUGACUGCAGAGGAGACUUCACGGUCAAAUCAGACGAUCAUUUUUACACCCUGGCCGACCUGGUAAACACACUACCAAGAAGCCGCAUUCUGAAGCUGGUACACUACGAUAUCAUCAAUCUAAAGAACAGGAUCCCUGGGAUUCCACAUAACUAUGACGGGUAUCUCCUGAUGGAGCAGCCUCGGUUUGAAAUAGGUAUGACGGAACUUGAUGGUGAUAGGUUCAUCCUACCAGCGAACACAGAGAUUAACGUACGCGCAAAGACUGGGGAUUACGAAGGGAUGUACAGCGCUAUGUAUCUCAGCUCAUAUGCUCACCAAAACGAGAACAAGCUCCCCCUACAGGCAAAAAUCCUUGAUUGGGACACAAUGUCCACCAUCGAGGAGAUACAUAACUUGCAACCAGGCCUAGUGCUGACCGCAUACUCAUUGACAACACAUAGAAUGAAGUAUCUCGCCAAGACUUGUGGGACCAAGGGAAGAGACAAACGAGAUUCUACAAACUAUGUCAUUAUCCCGGCAAGCUAUAUGGGAACAUUCAGAUUCGGACCGAGCAACAAAGAAAUCACCAUUGAUAACUUGUUACCAAACCAACUCCCAGUGAACGUCAAGCACAUUAUGGGCGAUGAUCGAUUUGUGGAUAAUAUUGCAGAGUUCCCCGAUGAAUUGCUGACAGUUGAAAAAUGUUUUCAAGAACAUGAACUAUUUGUUUCCAAGUUUGACGAAACCGAAGCGUUCAAUGUACCUUUGAGGUCAACUAUGCAGAUGUACACGUUCAAGAAACUCGAAGAAUCUGAUAUAGAUGAGUACCCAUCAACUUCAGUAAAGGACUCCUGCCCCGAGAUAGUCAACAGAGAGUCAUACAUGAAGUUACUGGAAAAUGCAUCGGCGUACCAUAUCCAUACGAGUCCAUCAAGUAGUCCGGUGGGUAAGCGGCCCCCACCUCCCCCACCCCCACAUACCUACGACAACAGUUCGAGAUUAUCCCCCAGGUCCCCCGGACACACAGACAAAGAUCCUGUCCCUAUGUCUCCCGGACACGACAGCGUAGAUGUUGAAGGCACGACCAGCGUUUGGAAAUUCGACAAUAUCGAUGUCCCUCCGCCUGUACCCGGAUCCCCAGGGCGACAUGUUUCAAAAAGACCCGCAUUGUUCCCCAAGCCUAGAUUAAUGUCCCAAAGUUCCUCUGGCGAUCAAAGCCCGCCAAUAGGUACAGUAUUUCCACUUAAUUCUACUUGUACCCCAUCAGAGGGAAACUGUUCCCCAAUGUCACCCAAUAAGCCACGAACGAAUCCUCGACCUCGUUUCCCAUCGAUCAAAAAACCACAGCCGACGUUUCCUCCCAUCCCAUCCGUCGUUUUGGAUAAGGGCCCGGAACCACCUCCAAGAGUCACAAGCCUUCCUCAGACUGUUUCUAAUAAACCAAAAGAUGGGAAAAUUAAACGCCGUGUUGAAUGUACACUUGGCAAGCUAUCCAAAACCAGUGUGGCACAAAAUACGAUUGACUGUCACAUGCAGUGCACUAAAGCUGACUAUUGAACUCAAGAGGAAUAUGAAGAUGUCCAGGUUGAGGUCCUGUAUACGAAAGUGGAAGACCCAGAGGAUGGAAAUCUGUACGAGUUCACCGCAUCACAAAUGGCAUACUUUUUCCAAACGAACGGUAUCGAAGAGGGUAUCAUCGGAAGAAUGUAUCGAGAUGGUCUGGACGGGAAGAAGUUUGGGGAAACCACAGAACAUGACUUUGCCAAACAAUAUGGACUAUCACUUCCAUGGCUCAAGCAGUAUAGGAGAAAUACGAAAAGAAAAACGAUGAUGAAUGUUUUGCUGUAAUACAUUGUGUAUAUAAAGUGUGAAAGACUUAUACCCCCUGGUGGCUACUUCCCUUCUAUUUGGUACUUUCAAAUAAUAAGUUACGAAUACGCACCCUCGUCAAGCUAGUAAAAUUAGUUCGGAACUCAAGCCUUACAAUAAUUAGAAGACGCACUACAAGUCAUCAUACAAGAUAUUAUUAUGAGCUUUAUUAUAGUUGUAUCUCACUUUUGGGCAAGUUGUUCAGCUUAUAUAGAAAAAAUAAAAUGAAAAGGCUUACCUAAUUAUCUAUAUAUAUUAACUUACUAAAGGGUGCUUGAUCAUUGCAAGAUUUUGAUUGGAUGCAUUGCGUGGUUUUAUCUCUCGAUA